CUCCCCCAACUCCCCCUCCCAACGCGAUCCCGGGUAUUUACAUCGAUUGCGAUUGCUACUGCGCACGACGACAGGCUUAAGAGCGAAUCCACGCUCGCCUGACUAAUUGCCGACCAUGGCAAAUGAUCGCAACGCCCAGAAUGUCAUCCGCAGGAAACUCGUCAUCAUAGGCGAUGGCGCUUGCGGCAAGACGAGUCUGCUGAGUGUCUUUACUCUUGGCUUCUUCCCAACACAUUACAUACCUACCGUCUUCGAAAACUACGUGACAGAUUGUCGAGUAGAUGGCAAAUCGGUCCAGUUAGCGCUCUGGGACACAGCUGGGCAGGAGGACUACGAACGGUUACGGCCGCUAGCGUACUCGAAAGCACACGUCAUCCUAAUAGGCUUCUCGGUCGACACACCGGAUUCCCUUGACAAUGUCAAACACAAGUGGGUUGUGGAAGCACAAGAGCGUUGCCCCGACGUACCAAUCAUACUCGUCGGCUUGAAGAAGGACCUGCGGGACGACCCCGUGGCGAUCGAAGAGAUGCGGAGACGGUCACAAAGAUUCGUUACUCCGGCGGAAGGCGAGCACGCCGCGAAGGAAAUCGGCGCGCGCAAGUACCUCGAAUGCUCUAGUCUCAGCGGCGAGGGCGUGGACGACGUGUUCGAAGCGGCUACGAGGGCUUCGCUGCUCAUGUUCGAGAAGACAGAAGGCGGUGGCUGCUGCGUGAUUUUAUAAACAGCCGAGUAAUGCAAGGGCCUAUCGAGCGAGCCGGACGACCCCCGGCCCCACCGAGAAACCGGGCAACCCGUGCGAAACGUUGACCAGACCCAAGCCGGGCGCUAGUGGGCCCUUAGGCGAUCGCCCCGAUCUUCUCGACCAUUGACGCCUUGUCAGGGCUGCUUGAAACAUCCCAGAUAUUUCACGCAUUGGCACGACAUAACUCUGGUGAAGGAGUGGGAGGAGGGCAAUCUAACUAAUCACCUGUCGCACGCCAGACGUUGAUAGCGGGCCUAGCGUGUCAUGACCCAUGCUGUAUAUAUAUGCUAUAGACUUUUUAGUUCUUGAUUCCAAUUCGGCUGAUGGCCUUCGGCGCUAAGUUCUCACAAGGAGCGCGGGCCGCGACGGACAGUCAACAUCGCGGGGCAGGACUCAGAAUAACCAGGAGAUUGGACCAUUUGGGCAGAUCGUCG